GCCUAUUCCUCAUGUGUGUGUAGGCUACGUUUAUCCUGCUCCGGCCAUCUGAAUCGGCUCGGGGACGUUCUACUUAGACAUCCUAAUGCCAGACAACCUAGAAGGCUACGCGAGAGCCAUGAAAAUGGUACGAAGAGACCAUGUUCUACGUCAACGUCGCUGAUAUCUUGAAGCAAAGACGCCCCGACACAAAAAAGGCAUCUGGAUAUUAUCCGAGGAAGAGCCCUGCAGACACCGACCCUCUGGUCGAGAAUCAAGAAGGGAAGGUCACAGUAAAGACGGAGCGAGGCUCGGGGCUCUUCAGUCCGCAGAGCAGUACCCUCCAUCAUGAAAACGAGCUAUACCGACAAUUGAGCCCAAGCCAAGGAGUCCCAUCAGUUUAUCGGCACGGCCAUCACCGGUUUAAGAGAGGACAUGCCUGCGGAUGGCGAUAUUAUCUGGUUAUGGAGCGGCUGGGCCCUACUCUUCACCACGCUGUGCAAGUUCGACUGGGGAGACCGCGACUGGCAAGCAGCGGCCUUUUUUUCUCGCUAGAAGAGAUUGCGGACAUUGGAAAGCAGAUGGUUUCCACACUGAAAUUUAUACACAGAAAAAACUUCAUCCACGGAGACGUGCAACCGCGAAAAAUUGUCUAUGACCUGUCUUUCAAGCGCAUGCUUCUGAUCGGGUUCGGGGCUACUCAGGACCUGGAACCGUUACCUCGCCUGCCAGCAGGCGCUGAAAGUUCCAUUGUAUUUUCAAGCCGCUUCCAUCAGCAAGGGGAUGCCCUGUCGCGGAGAGAUGAUAUGGAAUCACUGGGAUACGUCCUGGUAUUUCUCUUUCGCGGGCAGCUCCCGUGGCAAGCGCAUGGUAUGGCAGCUGAUUCAAUCUUGUCAAUGAAGUCUUCCAUCGCAACGGAGAAUCUAUGCAGUGGUCUGCAGCCACUGUGCGAGUAUAUGAACUCGGUCAAAGCCCUUGCAUCUGACCAGAUACCAGAUUAUGACAAUCUCAGCCGCAUGUUGGGGCUUCUGGCUUCGUGAAGUAACUUAAUGUCUAUGGUAGCUAUGUAUUUUCGGGCUGUCUUUGGGCCCAGAGUCUUGUUGACUCUGAGGGCCAAACUCUGGUUCCUUACUGAAUGAUGAACUAUAGCUUCUUAACAAGCCUACGGAAGGUCGCUUGACAUCUCCUUUACUACACGAUCGAGGCCUCAUGAUCAUGGAAAUAUUUCAAUUAUGGAUUUAAAGCCCUCUGAGCUGGAUAAGUCUUGAUCGAAAGGCAUUACUUUGCACCAAUGGCACAGACGUUAUAGGAAAUAGAACCAAAUUCCAAGGCUCGGUCACGAGCGAGAAUAAGUUCGGCCUAUGUCUUAAAUUCAAUACUCUACUUCACAGAAACACAGAAAGUUUGUGCGUUGCUCCACAUACUGUACCUGCUUUUUACAUUACACAAGCCAUUGAAGGUAGCUAAAUAAGGCAGUUUCUCGCAAAUGCGUGAAUUUGGAGAUAAUUUGGAGAUGGA